AUGGCCGCCUUAGACCUCGCACGGAAGACCAACGCCUUACCAGUACUCAUCGGGUUCCUGGAAUACCAGGUUUACUUGUCUCGCAAACGCUGUAUGUAUGACGACGAAGCUGUUGUUGCGUUUGAUUGUGAAUUCCGUGAAGAAGCCGAGAUUGAGAAGUUUGACCUUUCUGACACCUCGCGUCGCGACUGCACGGCUGAUGGGUAUUUUUCGGCGGAUUCCCGCCGUACCUCGGGUUCUCAAGUUUUGCAGCCUAAGUUGUCAGCUGCCACUAACGGUGUCAAGGUGGUGGUAAUCGGCGCCGGAUCAGCCGGUCUUAGUGCGGCACAGGAUCUAAUUAAAGCCGGAUUCGAUGUCACGCUACUGGAAGCAUCCAGUCGGUAUGGUGGACGUUUGUGGAGUAUUCCUAGCGAAACCGGAAAAGGAUGGCUGGAAAUGGGCGGCCAGUGGGUACACGGGGACGGUCAUGCCUUGUACAACUUUUGCCAAGCGAAUAAUCUUCUUGCCGACAACAGCCGGCGCCGUCGGAAACGCAGCGCAGAUGACGAUAUGUUCACCUUGAUGAACGCCGACGGCACCAGAGUUACGGAUAUGCGCACACGUCUCAAGAUUUAUACGGCUCUGGAUGAUACUGUGUGGGACGAUGACGAGUAUGAUACGUUAGAAGCGCAGCGUGAUUUAUCUUUCGGACAGCAUCUUUUGAAUUCUUACCAGAAGGUCCUAAAAACGGUUACCGCUGAUAAAGUCGCUCUUGCCGACCAAGUCUUCGAUGUCUACGUCAGAAAUCAGAAAGAAGAAUAUGCCGCUGCCAACUUCUUCGACAUCAGCGUCCAGUCGGCCACCAACAUGACGCUGGACGGGCCGGAUGCCACUGACCUGCGUGUUCCGUACACAGACGUGCUCAAGUUAUGGGCACCGAAUGCGGUCGCCGUUGCGCAAUAUAAUGCCACCGUCAAACAAGUCCGCUUUGACCGCACAGCAGCGCGAGCAAUGACGGUCGUUCUGUCCAACGGCACACAAAUCAAUGCCGAUCACGUCAUCAUGACGGCGUCCAUAGGAUAUCUCAAGGCUCAUGUCGAUACGCUGUUCAGUCCAGCGUUAUCCGAGCGAAAACGCACCGCCAUCCAGAGCGCCGGUUUUGGGACACUUGGGAAGAUUCAUCUGAUUUACGACAAUGAAUGGUGGGCGGAUUUGAUGCCGGAUUACUGGACGUACAUGUACAGCAGCGGCAACAACGUCAAUGCUGACCGGAAUAAAACAUACCCAGGGGCAUUGUGGACUCGCGCAAUAGCGUCCGGCUUAGUUGCUCCAACAACCGACAGAACCCUGGUGAUUUUAAUGGGCGGUCCGCAGGCGGUGCAAAUGGAACAGAUGUCGGAUGCAGAUGUUUCUAGUGCAAUUACUUCGCUGUUCCGCCAGAGCACUGGAAAAAAUGUGCCGGAACCGAAAAAAAUCUUACGAGGAAAGUGGUCCCAGAACGACUUAUUCCUGGGAACCUACAGUCACAUUUCCAUGGAUAUGGUCAAAAAAGGAAUUACGACAGCUGAUUUAGCCAGCAGCGAUUAUUUCUACGGAAAGAGCGUCAACGGUCAGAAUGUGCAGGUCCCCGGGUUGCAGUUUGCCGGUGAGGCCACCCAUCCCAAAUACUGGUCCAUGGUGCACGGUGCUCUGUCGGGUCAACGGGAAGCCAAACUACUCAAGCAGAUUUAUAGCAAAUAACAGCGUUUUGCACAUGAUGUGACUAUGAGUACCGAGUACUUAAAUCGACCUAACGUUUUCCACUGUGUGUGCGUACCGUGACACGUGCAGACUGGGAACAGAACUUGAGCGUGUUACUUGGUGCUAUGUAUAAUGUUGUCAUGAAUAGGGUCAAAUACCCCCUCGAAAUAACAGAAAAAUCUGAAGGUGGGUCUCCCACAAAAUACGAUUUUAUCGCCCAAAAGAAAAAAUACGUUACAAGG